AUGGAAAUUCACAUAAGAAGAAACGACAGGUUGAUGAUGACAGGUGCCACUGAUGGUUGUGGUGGCAGCAGUAUUGCUUUAAAUCACAUGGGAGCCAAUGAUGUUGUUGGUGGUGACAACAUAUGCUUAAAUAAUUUCGACACAGAUGUUUUCACAAUGGAUUUGUGUCAACAGCGGCAGAAACAAGCGCCAUCGACAGUGGCAGAGGUGGAGAGAUUAGUUUAUGGCAAAAGAAACAAUCGCAAACGUAUUGCAAUGUUACUACAUGUUAUGGCCGAAAUACAUCAACUCGCUUUGUUAAGUCAACACAACAACAACAGUUGCACAUAUCGUGAACUGUACUAUAAAAAUAUUUACUUACCGUGUAAUAUGUUGCAAAUUAACAGGGCCGUAGAAGAUGUAGGCUCCCUAUUGGGGCUAACAGCAUGGGAUAUGGGUGUGUUUGCCACAGGCAAGGGUAUGGUUGCAGGCCCUCUAUAUAUUUAUAUGAACAAUGGUGAUGUCAUAGAUUGCCACAAAACAAAUACACCCACAAUGAUACCACCCCAUUUUACAUACAUUGAUCAUUUCGAAACAUCGGCCUUAUUGGUGUUGGUGGUGGAAAAGGAUACCAUAUUCAAGAAAUUAAUUGCCAACAAUAUUUUUCAAAUAAUGCAAGGAAAAUUGCUACUACUAACAGCUCGGGGUAAUCCUGAUUUAUCAACACGUUGGCUUUUAUCAAAAUUGGGCCGACAACAUAAUCAUUUACAAUUUUAUAUGUUAGCUGAUGCUGAUCCAUAUGGUAUUGAAAUUAUGUUAACUUAUCGUUAUGGUUCACAAAAAUUUAAUCAAUAUGCUGAACAAUUAUCCUGCUCUCAACUCAAAUGGUUGGGUAUACAUCCCUCAGAUAUUUGUUAUAAUUUGCAGGUUCCCCAGGAGCCACUUUCCUGUAGAGAUUUUAAGAAAAUUGAAUCAAUUUUGAAACGCCUUUAUGUUACCGAAGAAAUCCAUUGGGAAUUAAUUGUUCUGCAACAUCAUGGUUUCAAAGCUAAAUUGGAUAAUAUGUCAAGCGAAUGUUUUGCUUUAUUUAUCCAUGAUUAUAUUAUUAAUAAAAUUAAGAGGCAAAUUGUAUUGUAA